UUGGACCACCAGCUGGGAACCGUCAGCCUGCGGCAAGUGGGACAGUAACUGGGAUCAUCGGGACCCCGCAAGCAUGGUUCGACCGUUGACCAAAGACGCCGACGAUCCGCUGGUCCAGAAUCGUUACAACGAAAAGCUAGAGCAAAAGCGCCCGAGAGUAACACGGCAUCUGAUUCUAGUCCGCCAUGGGCAGUACAACAUGGACGGCAAGAACGAUUCCGAACGGUAUCUCACCGAUAAGGGUUGUAAACAGGCCGAAGCUAGCGGGGAACGAUUAAAGGCAUUGGGGAUAGAUUUCGAUAAAAUCAUUCGAUCAACAAUGACCCGGGCCCAGCAAACGGCAAAGAUCAUUGCCCUGUCCUUACCUCCACUGAAGCUGCACGACGAUGCGAUGCUGGAGGAAGGCGCUCCUAUUCCUCCGGAACCUCCUGUCGGUCAUUGGCGACCAGAAGCAUCGCAGUUUUUCGAAGAUGGUGCCCGUAUUGAGGCGGCCUUCCGAAAGUAUUUCCAUCGCGCUGAUCCUGAGCAAACCAAGGACAGCUACACGUUAGUCGUCUGCCAUGCCAAUGUGAUUCGUUACUUCGUUUGCAGGGCGCUGCAACUGCCACCGGAAGCGUGGCUUCGAAUUUCACUCGGCCAUGGUAGCCUCACGUGGGUAUCGAUCAUGGAUGAUGGUCGUGUGACCCUAAGAAAUCUUGGCGAAACCGGUCACAUGUCAAAGGAGCUAUUAUCUAGGUAAGUAUAAUGUGAAGCUACAGGAAAAAUUAUUCAGGUUCGAAACGACGUACUUGUUAUUACUACUUAUUAUCGCGAAGUUUAUGGAUUGUGAAACCAUGCAUUUGAAACUUUCAAAAAGUUCAUUAAAAUUAAUAU